AUGACAACUUCUUCCAAAGACUUGGCGUCCGAGUUCAACAACGUCGCUGGAACGAUUUCAGAGAUUCGUGAUGACUACCGUCUACCCAGCCCGAAUGGCUAUGUCUGCGAGACCGGCCUAAAACAAACCAAUUGUGAUGAAAUGCGCAGACUCUUCAAUGACACAGCAAGGCUUGGGUUCGGGGAUAUCAUGGCAGGAGUUUGGUGUCCCCGCGAGAACAAUACCCUCAGAAACUGCCCUGUUGGUAGCUACUGUCCAAAUUCAAAGACUAGGCUAACAUGUCCCAAGGGCUUCUUUUGCCCCCACAAGACUGCAGUUCCUGAGAUUUCAUGCCCGGCAUGUGAUGAAGGAGCCGAGAGCCUUGCAAGGAACAAAACACUCAACGUGGUUUUGCCCAUCUUGUACACCUCCAUGCUACUUUGGUGCCUGGGGGUCCUUGUCAAACGGCGCCGGGCACUCAAGGAGGAAACCUGA